AUGUCCACCAAGAACCUACAUUUAUUUGACACCUUUGAAAAGGACGGCAAGAAAUUUGCCCGGAUCCCAAAGCAUACCAUCAAUGCUGGUACCUCCCCCAAGUACUCAGACCUUGUCGUCAAAGACAAGUCCGACUUCAAAGCAAUUGUUGAAAAGCUGGAACUUUACGGACUUUGUGUUGUGAAGCAUUACCUAGAGCCAGAAACUUGUGAGCACAUCAAGAAAGAGCUGGAGCCACAUUAUUUCCGCCACCAAGAAUGGAAUGGUUCUCCGUUCCCAAAAGAAACUACUGUCGUCACCAGAGCGGCUUUGGCGUCCCCAACUUGCAUGGACAAGAUAGCCCUCGAUGACACAUUCUACAAGGUCUCUUACCAUUUCAUGUCAGAGUCGAAUGUCUUCUGGAUCGGCGACGGCAAGUUGAGACGUUCAGAGACGGAUGUGCAACUGUACUCGAGCAUCAUUUACAGGGUUGGCGCCGGUGCCGGCGACCAGAUGUAUCAUCGUGAAGACAUGGCGCUGCACAAUGCACAUCCUCGCCGCGAAAAGUACCACUACGGCGAUGACGUCCAGGUUGGCCUUGCUGUUGCUUUGACACCUAUGAACAAGACAAACGGAGCCACCAGGGCUAUCAUUGGAUCUCACUUGUGGGGCCCUCUUGAUGGACCAUACGAAUUCGACCCUCAGCGCGAACUCUACCUGGAGCUGGAAGAAGGCGACGGGACGUUUAUGCUUGGCAGCACAUACCAUGCAGCAAGUUCUAAUCACAGUGACGCAGAUAGAAUCGGAGCGUUCUUUUUCAUGAGCAAGACCUACUUGAGACAAGAGGAAAAUUACCAUGCGGACAUGGAGCCCGCUUUCUUUGAGAACAUGUCAUUCAAGGCUCUCAAGAUACUUGGCUUGCACACCAGCCUACCUUUCUGUGGUCACAUUGGCUACAGAAGCCCAGCCUUUGUGCUCAAUCCAAAACUCAAAGAGGCGUCGCAAGCUGGUAAGGGCAAUUACACUGAAGUUAUAUACCCAGUGUUUGAGUAA